AAGAAAAGAUUCAUCUGAAGAGUUUUCCACAGUGAUUGCUGUAUUCUUGUUAAUAGAUAUUGAUAUUUUGUUUUCAUUAUAUCUGUUGUUAUUUGCCUUGUCAAUUUAAUUGUAAUAAAUAAUUAUUAGUCAUGUCGUGGUUGUGGGGUUCUGCUAAUAGCGAAGAAAAGAAAAUAGAGGAAGUGGCUCCUCCAGCACCUUCAUUAAAGGAUACACUUGGAUUUGAUCCUAACGAGCUUGCUGAUUUAUCUACAAUUUUAUCUGCUAAGGGCGCCUUUGAUUCCGAGCGUUUACACCCAUUGGCAGGAUUGGAUAAGGGAGUCGAGUAUCUCGAUUUAGAAGAUGAAGCACUAACUUCAAUGGAAGGAGCGCAAACAGGAUUGAUUCCAUCAAGGGGAUGGAGUGAUGAUUUAUGUUAUGGAACAGGAGCAGUAUAUUUGAUAGGGUUAGGACUUGGAGGAGCCUAUGGGUUUGGAGAAGGUAUAAAAAAUAUUCCAGCAAAUGCCCCAGGAAAAUUGAGAUUGAAUACAAUAUUAAAUCAUGUUACCAAAAGAGGGCCAUUUUUAGGAAAUAGUGCUGGUGUUUUGGCGGUGACUUAUAAUGUGAUUAACUCGAUAAUUGAUGCUGUUAGAGGGAAACACGAUGAUUAUAAUUCUAUUGCCUCUGGGGCCAUUGCUGGUGCUAUUUUCAAGAGCAGUAAAGGAUUUAAGCCAAUGGGCAUUUCCUCGAUUUUGAUGGCGUCCGCUGCUGGAGUUUGGUGUGGUAUUAAACGUGUUAUUGCUUAGAUUGGUUGAAUUAAGUUUACCAAAAAACCUAAAAAAAAGAUACCAGAAAACAUCUCAAAAAACAAAGAUAAAGAAAAUCAAAAUCAAAAUCAAAAUCAAAAAAAGCACUUAACCGAGAAAUUAAUAACAAGAUUAUCAACUGAUUAAAAUAUGAAUAAGAAGACCAAAAGGAAAAACAAAUCUUGUUCUAAAAUAAAUUUUGAUUGUUUCUAUUGAUGACUUUUUUCAUUUAUGAGAGAUAGAAAGUGUUCUAUUUUGUAUUUUUCCUUCUAAUUUUUUUUCC